AUCCUAAGUGGGAAAAAUCGAGAAAAUUAUGGGGAGAAUGAACGAAAGUCAAACGGCACCAACCGCACAAGUUUCGCCGGUUACACGUAAAAGCAACGUCGGAGAGUGAUCUCGGUGAUUCAUCGGAGGCUGAGAGAUUGAGCUGACGGUCGAUCGUCAAGAGGGAACCUUUCGUCGGAAUUACGUUUAUGUUCUGAACCAGGAUUCUUCUUUUCGUGGAGCACCAAUGUCGCUCUUGAACCAGCUCUUCAACAGAGGCGUUUUCGGAGCAAAAUGCAAAACAAGCUUGACCUUGGCAAUCUCGCGCAUCAAGCUGCUGCAGAACAAGCGGGAUUUACAGCUCAAACUCAUGCGCAAGGAGAUAGCCCAAUUUUUGCAGGCAGGACAAGAAGCUAUAGCUCGGAUCAGGGUGGAGCAUGUGAUCCGAGAACAAAAUCUGACAGCUGCUUAUGCUAUAUUGGAGCUAUUCUGCGAGUUUAUUCAUGCCAGAAUCCCCAUUAUUGAGAGUCAAAGGGAGUGUCCAGCUGAGUUGCGUGAAGCUAUUGCAAGCAUAAUUUUUGCUGCUCCAAGGUGUUCAGAUGUGCCUGAUUUGCUUCUGAUUAAAAAUUUGUUCAUGACAAAGUACGGAAAGGAGUUUGUCUUGGCAGCAGCAGAGCUCCGUCCAGAUUCAGGCGUUAAUCGUGAAUUAAUUGAAAAGCUAUCAAUUAGUGCUCCUUCAGCUGAUGUUAGGCUCAGAGUCUUGAAGGACAUUGCCCGUGAAUAUAACUUGGACUGGGAUUCUUCAAAGACAGAAGCAGAGUUGAGCAAAAAGCAUGAAGAUCUCUUGGGCGGGUCAAAGCAAAUGCACGACAGGGCCCCGCCAGGAUCUCCGCAAAAACGAGUCUCCUUUGAGUCAUCAUCUUCAAAUGGGACACAUUCCGCAUUGACUGUAGAUAGCAAUCAAAAUAUCCCUCCCAAGACGAUUUCCAAGGUUCCAAACGAAAUUAAAUCCUCAUCAAGGAACGACGAUGUGAUAGUCAGCAAGUCCAAGUCUAAAACUGAGAGGAGACCAGAGUCUUCAGAAAUCUUGGAAAGGGCCCGAGCAGCCAUUGCUUCUGCUGAGCGAGCAUCUGCUGCUGCUCGGGCCGCUGCUGAGCUGGCAAAGAUCCAGUAUGGUCCCCGUAAGUUUGAAGGGAAGUCGUAGAUUUUAUGGGAAGUGAACAGGAGAUUGAAUGAGCUAUUUUCUGGUAUCAUCUGUCACGAGAAAUAUGUCCUCUAAAGUUCGAGUUGUGUUAUAUACGGAAUGGCUGCUACUGAAACGACUUUGUCAAUAUGCUGUGUAGAGGAUAUAUAUGUAUCUUCUCGUCCUUAUUAUUGUACUGCUCGAUUGAUAAGCCAUACGGGCAUGUUGGUUAAAACGUGCAGUUGUAAAGGAAAAUUUAUUCCCAGGGAAACCGAUCAAUGGUUCCCUAUUUCAGUACAAGGAGUGUUGUUUACGAAUGA